AUGCUUUUACAGCAGGUGUCCCGAGGGCCCCUGUGGAAAGCCCUGGGCCUGCUGGGCUUGAUCUUGCUGGCAACCCCAGCAGGUGCCUGGUACAAGCACGUGGCCAGCCCCAGGUACCACACUGUGGGGCGAGCUUCGGGGCUUUUGAUGGGUGUCAGGCGCUCACCUUACCUGUGGCGCCGGCAGGCGGCUGAGGGGUCCCGGGAGAGCCAGGAGAGCGUGGGAGAGCCUGCCCCACCUGCCAACAGAGCCCCCCAGUGGCUGAUGCUCCAGCAGGCGGAGGAGGGACCCUGGACCACUCUGAAGCUGCCGCCUCACCUGGCCUCCCAGGUGGGAGCCUGGAAAGAUGCUGCUGCUGCAGGGACCGAUAAGAGAACGCUCUGGCCCCCGGCCUCUUGGAAGAGCCAUGCCAGCAGGACCCUCUUGGAUGCCCCCCAGCACCAAGGGAGGACCUGGGCAGCCCUGUGCCUGUCGGGAUGCCAGGAGGGGGCUCUCAGGCAAAGCCCUGCGGUGAACCCAGAGCUCCUGGAGAGGGCCAUGUGGAAGAGAGGACAGCCAGGCACAUCGGAGGAGGCCAGCAACCCUGAGAUCUAAUGUCUGAUGAGAGGAGGCAUCCUGCUGAACGAGUUGUCUGAAGAAAGCCUGCGGACGGGCAUAGAAACUGAUUCCAGUACCGGAGAAUGAAAGAAUAUUGGAGUGGCUUGUGUAGUCUUUUUUGGAACCAUGCAUAGUCACAUCUCCCCAAAGAAGGGAAGG